AUGGCAGAACCAACAACCAAUGGUAAAAUUAUUUUGAAAACGACGCUAGGUGAUAUUGAAGUUGAAUUAUGGUCAAAAGAAGCACCGAAAACGGGUGAUCCUACUGGAACUGGUGAAGGCGGUGAGUCGGUGUAUGGCGGCGAGCCUUUCAAAGACGAGUAUCACUCGAGACUUAGAUUCAGUAGAAGAGGUAUGCUCGGAAUGGCAUCGGCAUCGCCAGACUCGAACCAAUCGCAAUUCUUCAUCACACUGGACGCUGCAGAGUCUCUCACAAAAAAACAUACUCUCUUUGGUAAGAUCGUCGGUGACACCAUCUUUAAUAUCCUAAAGGUCAACGAGAUCGAAUUGGAUGAAAACGAGCGACCUCUAUUCCCACCGAAAAUCAUUACAACCGAUGUUGUCUAUAAUCCAUUCGAUGAUAUCGAACCAAGACAAAAGAAAACAACACAAUCCACAACCAAUACAAAGAAAAAGAAAGCAAUACCAAAAAAUUUAGGAUUAUUAUCAUUUGGAGAUGAAGAACCACAAGAUGAAAUAGUUACAAAGAAAUCAAACAACAACAACAACAAUAAUAAUGAAUCAAAUAAAACUCAACAAAAACAUUCAACUACAACAACAACAACCACCACCACUACUACAAAAAAAGAAAUAACAUCAUCACUACCCAGUGAUUCAAAGUCAUUUGAAGAGAGAAUGAGAGAAUCAAUUAAACAAAAAAGUAAUCAAUUGAAAAGAGAUAGAGAAGAUGAAAAUCAAACAACUCUUGAUAACAAUAACAAUGAUAAUAAAAAAGAAGAUGAUAAUAAAGAUGAAGAAUCAGUAAAAGUAAUUAUAAAACCAUCAACAAAAGAAAUAACAGUUCAACCACCAAAAGAAAAAAAGAAAAAGAUUGUUGGUAGCCUUAGUUUUAAAAAGACAACAAAAAGAGGUGAUGAUCCAAUUGCCCCGCCCAGAGUAAAGAAACAACAAGAUUCUCAUGUUUUAGAAAAAUUAAAUAGUUUUAAGAAAUCCUUAGCAAAGAAAACAGAGAAUGAAGAUGAUGAUUGGAAAACACAUAAGCUCGUUUUUAGCCAUGAUCCUUCCGGUCAAGAUCAUUACAUGUAG